AUGCUAACCUUCCUGCGUUGGGCAAUUGCUGGUUCAUUGACAACUGUGCAGACAUGCAUGCACUUCUCCACACAUGUCUUCAUCAAGGGUUACGCAGAACGUCGUUCGACUGCUCUCCGACUCUUUCAGGAAUCGGCGAACCUGCAUGUAUCAACAAAAGUUUUUCCGCCAAAUUCUCCGGUCCGAUACGCCGCCUUCUGCGGCAAUGAUUGGCUUGUCUCAAGUGUGUUGUUUGUUACAGGGAAUGUAUACACGCAACAGGUAAACGCUGAUAUACCAGCAUCCUCGGAGGUUCUUCAUGUUGCGACAUCGCUGCCUCCACUUGUAUCACCCGACGACUGGCCAGAACAGGGGCAUGUGCGGCGAUCAGGCACUUCUGCUAGACACGUCUUGCCGAAUUCAAGUAGAAGCAGGAAAGUGACCCUGGUAUUGCAAAGAUGUCGCUCUUGGUCCUCGGGUGAUGAUUCUGCGGGCGUAGACAGAUCGAUAUGGACUGUUACGCUCGUGACCAGCAUCGACAACAAAAGUGACUCUCCCAAGCUGAUGCUGAACGUGGUCGUUCAAAGUUCAGCGCGCACAAUACCCCGUUACUCACGUUCAAAACAACAGCCCGAUUGGGAUUGCAUGACUCUCUCACGAUCCAUCCCGUCAACAUCCCGCGGGGCAUUUGACCCGCUUUGUGUUCAAAAGCGCAAAUCAUUGGCUCUUCAUCUUAUCGGUGGACGAGACGCAGACGUGGUGUGCAUGCUCUCGAUCUCAGCAAGGACAAUAAGGUGCACCGUGACUUCUCCAUCGAUGACUACAGCCAAGGCACCAUGUACCUCCAUCUUCCACAGCAUUGCUGUUUGUACUCUCCGCAAAAGAGCCGACAGCAACUCCGGUGGAGCUCGGCCAAACCUGGCUUUUGAACAGCUUCUCAUCCUACAGAUCAGACGAGUCGGACUGUUGGCCGCUAAGCUGACUGGCGUCCGCAAUGUGCGAGGGGAGGCAGGUACCGAUACACGACAUCUACGGCCCCAACCUGCAAUGGGUGUCAGGGCACCUUCGCCCCGACUCUUCGUCGCCGCCAUGAUUCCGACCAGCUCAACAAGUAUAGGUAGCAACUUGUCGCACAACAAUCUGCCCGUUCGGCCAGCGGCAUCAGGAGAGAAGUCUGACCGGAAUACUGCUUUGAGGUUGCCAAACAGAUUGAUUGAGAUUUAUGCGUUAUUUGCCGUGGGUUUAGUGCUGUCACCCAACUUCUUUGGCAGAUGCAAUCAGGGUCGUGCGGACUGA